CCCCCUCCACUGUCCAGGAAGCUGGGGACGGGGCUGCUGCUGGAACCUGCACGCCUGUGUAACCCUUGGUCCGACCCACUGAGGACUCAGGUGAGCCCAGAGAAACAAAUCCAAAGAGGCCAGCGUCUGGCUUCCCUCCGUGUGGUCACGAGCUUCAGACCCAGGGGGCCAGUUCCUUGGUGACUUAGUGCCAGUCCCACCCCGGACGCGGAGUUUCCGCCGACCAGGGCAGUCCAGUCAGAGCGGCAGGCUUUGCUCGGCACCCUCAGGCUGGGCGGGUGUGACUCUGCGGCUGGACCCCACCCUGCCAGGUUGGCUCCAGGCGGCGUUAGGACCCUGCGGAGGGCAGGUGAGACUAACAGCUGGAAGAGCUCCCUGGCCGCUGAGGACCCCGCAGGGGAAGGUGGGUCCUGGUCAGGAUCCGCAGCCCCAGUAGGAGCGGCCCCGCCCCUCAUGUCACCGGGAGAAACCCUGGACCCGGUUCCUGACAGCUUCAUCCUGCAGCCUCCAGUCUUCCACCCGGUGAUUCCGUAUGUCACAACCAUUUUUGGUGGCCUGCACGCAGGCAAGAUGGUCAUGCUGCAGGGCGUGGUCCCGCUGCGUGCCCACAGGUUUCAGGUGGACUUCCAGUGUGGCUGCAGCCUGCGCCCCCAGCCGGACAUCGCCAUCCACUUCAACCCCCGCUUCCACACCACCAAGCCCCACGUCAUCUGCAACACCCUGCUCAGCGGACGCUGGCAGAGGGAGGCCCGCUGGCCCGGCCUGGCCCUGCAGAGAGGGGCCGGCUUCCUCAUCCUCUUUCUCUUUGGGAACGAGGAGGUGAAGGUGAGUGUGGAUGGACGGCACUUUCUCCACUACCGCUACCGGAUCCCGCUGUCUCGGGUGGACACCCUGGGCAUAUUUGGUGACAUCUUGGUGAAGGCUGUUGGAUUCCUGAACAUCAGUCCGUUUCAGGAGGGCAGCAGAGAGUAUCCCACGGGACACCCCUUCCUGCUGCAGAGUCCCAGGCUGGUGCCCUGCUCACGUGCUCUUCCUCGGGGCCUCUGGCCUGGGCAGGUCAUCAUAGUUCGGGGACUGGUCUUGCAAGAGCCCAAAGAGUUCGCUCUGAGCCUGAGGGACGAGGCCGCCCGUGCUCCUGUGACACUCAGGGCGUCCUUCACAGACAGAACGCUGGCCUGGGUGUCGCCCUGGGGACGCAAGAAGCUGAUCUCAGCCCCCUUCCUUUUUCACCCCCAGCGAUUCUUCGAGGUGCUGCUCCUGUGCCAGGAGGGGGCGCUGAAGCUGGCACUCAAUGGACAGGCUGUGGGCACCACUAGCCUGGACCAGCAGACCCUGGAGAGGCUGCGGGAGCUCCAGAUCCGUGGAAGCAUCCAACUCUACUGUGUCCACUACUGAGGAGGAUUCCAAGGGGACCCGGCCAGAGAGAGGAAGGCCAGUCCACUCCCAGGGCCCAUGGACAGGCCCACUCUGCGGCCUUCACUAGACCCUCCUCCCGCCACCGUGGUGUCAGGCCUGGUUCACGUCCGGGUCACA